ACAUCACUAAAACUCCGAUCAAACUCAUACAUUCAGUCUUUAUAUAUUCAUAUGGCUCUCAACGAUGAUCUUCCCGUCACCCUCCCCCGUGUUCUUAUCGUCUCCAGACGUAGCGUUCGCAAGAACAAAUUUGUAGAUUUUGUUGGUGAAUAUCAUCUUGAUCUUAUAGUAACGUACGGUGCUGUUCCGGUGAUCGUGCCACGAGUUCGUGGGAUUCAUAAUUUAUUAGACAGUUACGAGCCGAUCCAUGGUGUUCUUCUCUGUGAAGGAGAAGAUAUCGAUACAUCUCUAUACGUAGACGAUACGUCAAGUCUUUCACUCGAAGUAGAAGAAGAAAUCAGGGGACUGCAUGCAAGUGAUACCGCCAUUGAUAAAGAGAAAGAUUCAAUCGAGUUAAAACUCGCCAACCUUUGCCUCGAAAGGAACAUUCCGUAUCUAGGAAUCUGCAGGGGUUCACAGAUUCUAAACGUCGUUUCCGGCGGUACACUUUAUAAAGAUAUCGGAACAGAAUUGACGGCGAAAUUGCCGGAAAAUCGUCAAAGAGUAGUGCACAUGGAUUAUAACAAUUACGACGGCCAUAGACACCCGGUGAAAGUGGUGGAGAACACCCCAUUCCAAAGCUGGUUCAAGGAUUCUUUAGAAGAAGAGAAAAUGGAAAUAUUAGUCAAUAGUUAUCAUCAUCAAGGUGUAAAGAGAUUGGCUCAACGAUUUGUGCCGAUGGCUUUCGCACCGGAUGGCUUGAUCGAAGGGUUCUAUGAUCCUAAUGCUUAUAAUCCAGACGAGGGUAGAUUUAUACUCGGACUUCAAUUCCAUCCAGAGAGAAUGAGAACACCUUAUUCCCAAGAAUUCGAUUAUCCAGGAUGCUCAACCAUUUAUCAGGAAUUCGUGAGGGCUGUAACUGCUUACCAGAAGAAACCCCAUAGCCCAACACCAUUGCCGAAGCAAUUGAAGCUCAACAAAGAAGUGGAGAACAAGACGAGAUCAAUCACAGCUCUCAGCCUACAAGAAGAGAACAGGCUGAAGCAGAUGGGAGCAACAGUGAGGAACGGGAGCCAUUACGUAGAGAAGAUGGGGUUGCACCGAGAAAGGGGAGAAUUGGGAAGAAAAGUGAUGGGGAAAAUGUCCUUCGAACAGUUGUCUGAUCUCAUGUCGUUCUACAACAUGAUGGGGCGGAUCUGCUCUGAAGUUUUGGGAAGAAAACUAAAUGAAAGUGACCGCUAGUCGC